AUGGUGCUUCCCAGUCAUGCUCCUACUUUGAUGGAAGCAUCUCCCAAUAUUUUCCUGUCAAAGUUAGAGGUCCCUCAAUUCUUUGUGCGAGAUCGAUGGUGGGAAGAAUAUGCAAUCGUUACGCUGCGGGCUUAUGACCUAAAGCCCAUUCUUCAGGGAUUUCGCUUCGGUUUCUUUCGCGAUAUGGACCUUGUAAAGCACAUACUAGAGAGUCGCCCUCCGAGUGUGCUCAAUUCGUUCCUCACUGCCUUGCCAGAGCCGCAUGAGCCCUCUCUUUCUGAACAGUCGAAUUGCGAGAAAAUGAGAAAAAUCCUAGUUCGAUCAAUACCUGCGCCUCCUCAGUUGACCUCGUGGCGUUGGUUUCCCUCUGCACCAGGAGAAUUAUCAAGCGCUCAAAGAAUCGCCCUGGAAGUCGAAGCGGAAAGUCACUUCCAAUUUAGACAGAUAUCUUUCGAAGACAUUGUUCGCGCCGCUCUUGGGUAUGAAGCACUAUCAGUAGAAUGGUUUCUUCAGCAGCACAAGGCACUAGGGGAUCUAUUUCUGAAGCAUAUGCGGGCCUACCCAAAGGAAAUAACUCUCUACGGAACGGUAGAGAAGCAUCUUCGGACACUAAGUCCAUUUGCUCAUCAAACCCUUGCCAAAUGUCUCAAGGUCUUUCAACCUGACGUGGGAAACAAUAAGCCCCUACCUGAUACGCCCGGUCUUUCAUUCAUAACAGGGCCCAUUCAACAACUGUUUAAAGAGAACUCAUGCAGCCUGGGAGAUAUGUUCGAUAUUCUGAGUGGUCUUGCUACACGUUUCCAGCAAACAUAUACGCACUCCUCCACGAUAAGCUGGACACAAAACUUUGACGCUUCCCUUCCACAUAUAUCUGCCGAGAACUAA